AUGAACAUAACCCUAAAGGAUCUCGAAGAUCAGAAGAUUAGUGUAACAUUGUGGGAAAAUUAUGCAAUCACUUUGUCAAACUACAUGAAUGAUAAAAACCGCCCUGCUCAUGUUGUUAUACUUGUUCAUUUUGGCAUAGUGAAUAUUUAUCAAGGUAAAGUUGGCCUUACUAACAUGUUUGAAGCAGGUCGUGUCUUCAUAAAUUCUGAUAUUCACGAGAUAAAAGAAUUCAAAGACAGGUAUCUUGAGAAGGAGUUAUCUAAAUCAUCUUCCGGUAAACAGUCAUGCUCUCAAGUGAUAUCGAAUACAGAAGAUGAGUUUCUAAAUGCUGAAGAUUUUGUGUUGACCGGUUUUAUUGCUUCAAUUGAUGUGGAGAAAAAGGUUAUCAUUGUUGGUACUGUUAUAGCAAUUUCAAAUGAUAAGCCUUGGUAUUAUUUAUCAUGCAAUCAUUGUAAGAAGCAAAUGGAAGAGAAAUCUGAAUUGGUUGAGAAAGAUGAUGGCAGCUUUGACGUAUUGGAUGAGAAAUACAAGAUACCUCUAAGGGUUCAGGAUUCGACCGGAACCGUUUCCUGUACGUUGUUUGAUUAUGAAGCUAUUAAGCUUUUGAAGAAAACCUCGAAAGAACUACUUGAUAUUUACUCAAAGGUUGACACUUCCACCGAAGGAUCGUUUCAGUCACUUCCAUCUGAGUUUGAUGUGUUGUUGAACAAAAAGUUUGCCUUUCAAAUCAAAAUUUCCAGUUUUAACAUUUCCAACCAGAUAGAAAACUAUGGAAUUUCAAUGUUAUCUUUCGAUGAGGAUCUACUUUCUACUCUGGAGAAAAAAUGGAAAAUUAAUGAGUCUGAUGUGUCUGAGUCAAAUGUUCAAUGUUUGUCCGAUUCAGUUGGUAAUGUGAAAAGUUUAUCAAAGUUCCAAGAAUCUCAAUCUGUGAUGGGUGACAGUGUUACGCCAGAUCCUAUUGAUGUUAAUGAUCAAGAUCCGUCAAAGUUCGAAAACAUUAAACGUAACCUUGAAGAUGUUUAUGAUGUUGAUGCUGUUGAUAGCUCUUCUACUAAACGUCCUAACAGUCCUGGGAAUGUUGAAAUUUCAAUCAAGAUCGAUACCAAAUCAAUACAUCGAUUCAAGUUGGUAUCUAAACAAUGGCGUGAUGGCUUAUCAUUUCCUGAAUUUGCUUUUAAACGUCGUUGUUAUGUUGAAGAUUAUCUGGAAAUGCUCCAAGACCAAGGUUUGUUCAUUACUUCGUCUGUGUUGAUGGAGUUGUGGCCGCGUGAACUCAUUGAACUUUAUGGCCUUCAUGAUCAACAAGCAAGUCAAAAAAACUUAAACGUUAUAGAGGAAAUGGUGGUGAUUGAAAAUGGUGAACGUACUAUUUAUCAAGUUUAUGAUGAUGACAAUUAG